GGUCCCAGAUCAGGUCUUAUAUCUGUGGCAAUUACCCUGCAUCCUACAGCCGCUGAGAACAUUAGCAAUGUCGUGGCUGCGUUUUCCGACCUUCUUCAUGUCCGAAUUCCUAACAGCUAUGAGGUUAGUAAUGCUCCAGAUGUUCCAUCCGUGGGUUUGGUCGGUAGCCACAGAGUGACCCCAGGUCUGGAAUAUCGGCAGCAUUUACUUCUUCGUGGGCCUCCACCAGGAUCUGCAAAUCCUCCCAGAUUAGCAAGCUCUUACCGGCUGAAGCAGCCUCAUAUGCCAUUUCCUCCAACAAGCAAUGGUCUUUCUGGUUAUAAGGAUUCCAGUCAUGGUAUUGCUGAAAGUGCAGUGCUCAGACCACAGUGGUGUUGUCAUUGUAAAGUGGUUAUUCUUGGAAGUGGUGUGCGGAAAUCAUUCAAAGAUCUGACCUUCUUGAACAAGGAUUCCCGAGAAAGUGCCAAGAGAGUGGAGAAGGAUGUUGUCUUUUGUAGUCAUAACUGCUUUAUUCUUUAUUCAUCAACUGCGCAAGCAAAAAACUUGGAAUGCAGGGAAUCCAUUCCUUCAUUGCCACAGUCACCUAUGAGAGAGACGCCUUCCAAAGCGUUUCACCAGUACAGUAACAACAUCUCCACUUUAGAUGUGCACUGUCUCCCACAGCUUCAAGAGAAAGCAUCUCCCCCUGCUUCGCCGCCCAUCGCAUUCCCUCCUGCUUUUGAAGCAGCCAAGGUAGAGGCCAAGCCAGACGAGCUUAAGGUAACCGUCAAGCUAAAGCCUCGGCUGAGAGCUGUCCAUGGUGGAUUUGAAGAUUGCAGGCCGUUAAAUAAAAAGUGGAGAGGAAUGAAAUGGAAGAAAUGGAGCAUUCAUAUUGUAAUCCCCAAGGGCUCAUUUAAACCACCUUGUGAGGAUGAAAUAGAUGAAUUUCUAAAGAAAUUGGGCACUUCCCUUAAACCUGACCCUGUGCCCAAAGACUAUCGGAAAUGUUGCUUCUGUCAUGAAGAAGGUGAUGGAUUGACAGAUGGGCCAGCAAGGCUGCUCAACCUCGACUUGGAUUUGUGGGUUCACUUGAAUUGUGCUCUGUGGUCCACAGAGGUCUAUGAAACUCAGGCUGGUGCUUUGAUAAAUGUGGAGCUGGCACUGAGAAGAGGUCUACAAAUGAAAUGUGUCUUCUGUCAUAAGACGGGUGCUACCAGCGGAUGUCACAGAUUUCGGUGCACCAACAUUUAUCACUUCACGUGCGCCAUUAAAGCACAAUGCAUGUUUUUUAAGGACAAAACUAUGCUUUGCCCCAUGCACAAACCAAAGGGAAUUCAUGAGCAGGAAUUAAGUUACUUUGCAGUCUUCAGGAGGGUCUAUGUUCAGCGCGACGAGGUCCGACAGAUUGCUAGCAUCGUGCAGCGAGGAGAACGGGACCACACCUUUCGCGUUGGAAGCCUCAUCUUCCAUACGAUUGGACAGCUGCUUCCACAGCAGAUGCAAGCAUUCCAUUCUCCUAAAGCGCUCUUCCCUGUGGGCUAUGAAGCCAGCCGGCUGUACUGGAGCACACGCUAUGCCAACAGGCGCUGCCGCUACCUGUGCUCCAUUGAGGAGAAAGAUGGACGCCCAGUGUUUGUCAUCAGGAUUGUGGAGCAAGGCCAUGAAGAUCAAGUCUUAAGUGACUCCUCACCUAAAGGUGUUUGGGAUAAGAUAUUGGAGCCUGUGGCGUGUGUGAGAAAAAAAUCUGAAAUGCUCCAGCUUUUCCCAGCUUAUUUAAAAGGAGAAGAUCUGUUUGGCUUGACCGUCUCUGCAGUGGCACGGAUAGCUGAAUCACUGCCUGGGGUUGAGGCAUGUGAAAACUAUACCUUCCGAUAUGGCCGAAAUCCUCUUAUGGAACUUCCUCUUGCCGUUAACCCCACAGGUUGUGCCCGCUCUGAACCUAAAAUGAGUGCCCAUGUCAAGAGGUUUGUGUUAAGGCCUCACACCUUGAACAGCACCAGCACCUCAAAGUCAUUUCAGAGCACAGUCACUGGAGAACUGAACGCACCUUAUAGUAAACAGUUUGUCCACUCCAAGUCAUCGCAGUACCGGAAGAUGAAGACUGAAUGGAAAUCCAAUGUGUAUCUGGCCCGCUCUCGGAUUCAGGGGCUGGGCCUGUAUGCUGCUAGAGACAUUGAGAAGCACACCAUGGUCAUUGAGUAUAUUGGGACUAUCAUCCGAAAUGAAGUGGCAAACAGAAAAGAGAAGCUUUAUGAGUCUCAGAACCGUGGAGUGUACAUGUUCCGCAUGGAUAACGACCACGUGAUUGACGCCACACUCACAGGAGGGCCUGCAAGAUAUAUAAACCAUUCAUGUGCACCUAAUUGCGUGGCUGAGGUGGUGACUUUUGAGAGAGGACACAAAAUUAUCAUCAGCUCCAAUCGGAGAAUCCAGAAAGGAGAAGAGCUCUGCUAUGACUAUAAGUUUGACUUUGAAGACGACCAGCACAAGAUUCCGUGUCACUGUGGCGCCGUGAACUGCC